CUGUCAGUUGUCACAGUAAUUUUUACUUUUGUUAAUUGUAUUUGUAAUAUAUUUUUUCCAGUAGGUAACCAUAAACCAGUUAGAUUUUCAAGUUUAUAGCGCACAGUUGCCUAAAAUCGUUCAUUGGAAGGAUACAAGUCACAUAAAACGAAAUAUUUUCAUUUAAACACAUAUAUGAUGUGUUAUGAAGUGAUGAUAUAAUGUGUAUAUGAUAAAUCUUUACAAUAUUGUUUUAGUGCUUAGUUUUAUACAAAAAAAAUAAAAUGGCCCCUAAUUUAAGCAAAAUUACCUCAAGAACUGAUGUAAAAAUUGGUAUAGCCGCUUCCGCGGCAUUAAGUGCAUGGUUAUUGAGAAAUUUCAUAAAACCAAGUACUUCCAAAAAUGUCAAACCAGUGCUCUCACCUGAAGAAAGAGUGCAAUAUAUGAUUAAAGACAAUGACAAAAAGGGGCCAAAAGCACAAGUGGAUGCUAGAUUUUUUUCCGAACUUAAAGUACUAUGGGGUAUAAUGGUGCCUGGACUAUGGACCAAGGAGAGUGGUUUCAUGGUGUUGAUAGCUCUUUCGUUAAUAUCAAGAACUCUUUGUGACUUGUGGCUUAUUCAGCAUACAACACUAGUUGAAGGGUCAAUCAUUACAAUGAAUCACAAGGAGUUCAGGCGAUUGUUAUUGAUGUUUUUCACAGCAAUGCCGUUGAUAUCUUUAGUAAACAAUGUCUUGAAAUGGAGUAUAGGAGAAGUUAAGUUAAGAUUAAGGACCAAUCUUUCCUUACAUUUAUAUCAACAAUAUUUAAAAGGUUUCACAUAUUACCAAGUGACGAAUCUCGACAACAGAAUAUCGAACGCAGACCAGUUGCUGACCACAGAUAUAGACAAAUUCUGCGACACAGUUAUUGAUUUAUAUAGCAAUAUUAGCAAACCCCUGUUGGACAUCUCUAUAUAUUUGUAUAGGUUGACAGUUAAUUUGGGACCCUCGACACCGGGCAUUAUGAUGAUCUACCUGUUCUUCUCUGGUAUAUUCUUAACAUACCUCCGGAAACCGACGGCUCGAAUGACAGUUCAAGAACAAAAAUUGGAAGGCGAAUUCAGAUAUGUUAAUUCAAGACUUAUCACAAACUCCGAAGAAAUUGCCUUCUAUCAAGGUAAUCACCGUGAACAGCUAACGAUACUAGCCAGCUUCUACAAGCUAACGAGGCAUCUUCGCAACUUCCUCAACUUCAGAGUCGGAAUGGGAUUCGUUGACAAUAUUAUUGCUAAGUAUAUCGCAAUCACGGUCGGUUUCUAUGCCGUGUCUCGGCCGUUCUUCGUAAAAGACCACAAUCUGUUGACUACGGGCUCAGAACAGGACAGAUUCAGGCACUACUACACGUACGGGCGCAUGCUGGUGAAGAUGGCGGAGGGCAUCGGGCGGCUGGUGCUGUCGGGGCGCGAGCUCAGCAAGCUGGCCGGGCUCACGGCGCGCGUCACGGAGCUGCGCCGCGUGCUGGCCGACGUCAACCGCGGCCGCUACACGCGCACCAUGGUGGAGCGCCGCGCCGGGGACGACGUAGGCCCCCCGAUGAUCAUGGCCCCCGGCGCCGGACGCAUCAUAUACCAGGACAAGAUCAUCCGCUUCGACAAAGUGCCGCUCGUGACGCCCAACGGAGACGUACUUAUCAAGGAGCUCACCUUUGAAGUCAAAUCUGGUAUCAACGUGCUCGUUUGCGGGCCGAACGGUUGUGGAAAAUCCUCAAUGUUCCGCAUGUUAGGCGAACUUUGGCCAAUAUUCGGGGGAACACUUACUAAGCCGCCAAAGGGAAAGCUGUUUUAUGUCCCACAACGACCUUAUAUGACCCUCGGAACUUUUAGAGAUCAAGUGAUCUACCCGCAGACGCGCGAGGAGAUGGUGCGGCGCGGGCGCUCGGACGACGAGCUGCGGGGCUUCCUGGACAUCGUGCAGCUGUCCUACCUCGUGCAGCGCGAGGGCGGCUGGGACGCCGUCGAGGACUGGAUGGACGUGCUGUCGGGCGGGGAGAAGCAACGGAUAGCUAUGGCUCGCCUGUUCUACCACGCGCCGCAGUUCGCGAUAUUGGACGAGUGCACGAGCGCAGUGUCCGUCGACGUCGAGGGUCACAUGUACCAGUACUGCAGAGAGAUGGGCAUAUCCCUCUUUACCGUUUCACAUCGAAAAUCUCUAUGGAAACAUCAUGACCACUACUUACAAAUGGAUGGACGCGGAGGCUACGUGUUCGAAAAGAUCGACAAUGAAACAACAGAAUUCGGUUCUUGAUCAGACAUUUUGGUUAAAUAGAAUCUUCUAGAAAAACUAUUAAAAGCUAUAUACCUAUAAGCUUACAGGUAAUUUAAUGUAACAAGUUUAAAAUAUACAAUAUUGUUAGUAUCCAAAUAUUUCCGAUAGCUAUUUUGAUGAUGUUGUUAGUGUAUUCCGAAAAUAUAAAUAAAUCACAAAAGUUAGUUUUAAUAUUUGCUACGUAUCUAAUGUGAUCAUAAUUAUAUAAAAUCAAAUAAACUAUUAUUAUUAUAUUUAAAUAUUUCGUAUACGUAAUAGAUCCUAUAACAGUGUAAUUUACUUAUGUAUUGAACACAUACAUAGAUGUAUAAUGUAUUACUUAAAUAAUAACAUCUAUAUAUCUACAAUUUCCACGAAAUGCCUUAAAAUAUCGCUCAUAUUUAUUUGAUAAUUUAUUCAAAAUAUUAAUAACAAAUAUGUCAGAUUCAUCAAAAUAUAUAAAAGUUGUAUCCGUAUUUAUUUUCCACUUAAAAUAUUUAUAGCAGCUGAUUGAAAACGUCAUUUUUUAAAUACUUUGGAAUUAUUAUCAAAAUAUUGUUAAAAAUAUCAUUUAUUAAUACUUUUGUAUUAAUAAAUUUGCUUCUUUAUGUAUUAUUUUUCAUAAAGUAAUACAUUUAUUAUUGUCGUUUGUUAUUGUUGUAUGUGUGUAACAUAAAUAUCAUGUACAUUUUUAUAAACUGUUUUAACGUAAAUACAAAUUAAAAGAGUUAACACUCGCCACAAUAACUGUUAGUUAUUAAAUGUUAAUCGCGAUAAAACAUAUAUUAAUUUGAAACGGGACCAUAUUUAUUUGUUAGUUUUUUUUAUAUUUAUUCAUGUAUAGAAUCCAAAAAGUUUAUUUACACAUGAUAAUAAACAUAUGCAUAAACAUUUUUGAAACCACAUUUAUAUGAUACUGCUUAAAAUAUCUAAAAAUAUAUGUUUCUUAAUCUUAAUAAAACUGUCAGUGAUAAUUUAAGAACUUUUCUCGUUCAUAUAUUUUUUUAUAUUAACUUGAUUCAUAUUUGUAAUGAGAAGUAUUUUCAUAGAAUUUGCACAAAGUACAAAUAAAAAGCCUUUAUAAUGAUAAACUUCCUAUUCCAUUUUAAAGAUUUAAUAACAGCAAUAUUACAUAAUGUACCAAGAAAUGAAAUCAAAAAUUUUUAUCAAAUAAUUAUUUUUUUAAUUGUUUCGUAAUUUUGUAUUUUUAUUUCUUUAAAAGAAAAUUUAUUUUAAAUAUAAACUAUAAUAUUAUAUAGAUUUAAAACAAUUCAAUAUUAAUAUACAAUUUUUAUAGAGAUAAUUAAAAUUAUGUGACAAAUGAAAUGCUCUAAUUCUAAAUAUAACGUAAAUGUAAUAAUUAAAUUUCUACUCUUAAUGAAUCACAAUUAUUUAUAAAGUUAAUUAAAAAUACGUAUGUUUUAUAUUAUAGUCGUUAUACGUAAAUAAUUCUUGUCUUUUCAAUGUUUAAAUUUAACAGUAAGAAAGUAAAUGUCGUAAUUAAUUCAUAACCAUUAUUCAAUGUGCAGUGAAACAUAAGUGAAAAUAUUUAUACAGUUACACAGAACAAGCUAUGGUGACACUUUUUUGUACAUUCUAAUUUAUUUCAUAGCACAAAUAGUUACCAAUAUUAAAUGGUCAAAACUUAAUGUAAAUGUAUUGUAUGUAUAUUUAAUUUAAUUUCAUGUCUGGUAUACACAUGUUACAUUUUAUUAUUAUGGGUUAUAAAAGUAUGUUUAAAAAAAUUGCUGUGAUAGAUGUUUUUGUUGUUCUUAUAAAUCUGUCGGUGCUGGGUCAAUAAAGAAGGUUGAGGAUA